GACCCUAAUCCAACCAUGCAGAGGCGGCUCUCGCAGCUCGCGCUCCGCCGCCUCCUGUCGCUGCCGCCCGCCGCCCGCCGGUGGCCCGGGCCGGUGGCUGCAGAGGCCUUCUCCAGCGGAGGGGCAGCGGUCCUCCCUCGCCGCGGGGGUGGCUCCAGGGUGGCGGCGGGCGGCUGGAAUGGCGGCCUGGGGCUUCGCUUGGCUCGGAGGCUCUGCACCUACGACGAGAGAGAUGACAGGGCACUUGAGGAGGAAGCUGAGAAGAAAUUUGGAUGGAUAUUGAAGAUAUUCUUCAUAGGAACUGCUGGCCUUGUUGGAUACCAAUUCUUUCCUUAUAUGGGGGAUAACCUGCUUCAGCAAUCCAUAUCACUUUUACAUGUCAAAGAUCCCUUGUUUAAGCGAAUGGGAGCUUCCCGGCUAGCUCGUUUUGCAGUGGAUGAUGAAAGGAUAAUGAAGGUAGUGGAGAUGGGGGGAGCUCAAGAACUUCUUAAUGUGCUGGAAGGUGCUAAAGAUGAUAAAACACGUAAACAAGUCCUAAAAGCUCUUGUUGCACUUUCAAAGUCUGAGGAAGCAGCAGGAUUUUUGGACAAGGUAGGUGCCUACGGAAUAGUCAGUUCCACUCCGAACUCCCCUGAUCCUGAUUAUGCCGAGAUCGAGACCUACAAGACGAGCAUCCUGAAGGCGUUUGAUGAACUGAAGUCGUGAUGGUAAAUGGCUGAGAUUAUGUCGGCAUGGACUAUACCGAUUUCUUUUUUUUUUUUUCCUGAAACAAGAUCCAUCUCGUUAUAUCCGAGCUUUCUUUGUUGACCAGACCUCGGUUUUAUUGCUGGAAUCAUUUGUCUGGUAAGUACAUUUGGUCCUAACAGGCAGCACCUGCAGAGUUGGGGUAAUUUGUCUCGAUGAAUUUCCCCCUUUUUGUAGAGGAAACGUUGAAUCGGUCUUAGGCUGCCAAUAAUAUGAAAGAUGUCUUCUAGUUA